CUGCUUUUGUCCCUAAAAUAAACAAUUGUAGUUUCUUUUGAGUCACGUAUCAAAUGACCUGAUCUUUGCAUCAUUAAACCUAAAUCUGAAAGUGAAACAAUAGCUUAUAUUUGAACAGUGAUGUUUAUAGUGACCAUAAAGACCAACGUUCUUUUACACACGUAUCAGAGUUCAUGUUGACCCUAUGCAUAAAUGUUUUCAGCAAAAAUGUUCAGUAAAAUAAAUCUUUACAUCAAAAAAGUUGCAGUCUUAACCUGAACCCCAUUAAUUUUCAAUAAAUAUAUCUUGCACAUCUUUGGCUUGUGGAAAAUGCCAAAUAACUUUAAAUGUAUUAUAUUAAAGACAGAAGUAGUAUUUUUGUCCUUAUGCAGAUCAUGUGAUUUCUGUGAACUCAGCUUGAUCUUCCUCUGUGGUACCUCCCAAGUAAAGCUAAAGGGGCGGGUCUUUCUCACAGAGUAUAUAAUGUCUGAAACAAUAGCACUCCCUCAGAAGUUCACAUAUAUAUCAGCUUCUGGACUAAGAGAUGGACACUGAAGCCGGCAGAACGAUGGAAAUUGCGGCGCUUGGCCGCCCAUUCAGCCUUGGGAUGCUGUAUGACUGCCGCCAGGAUGUAGUCAUACCUGGAAUGACACUGUGGGACUGUAAUGACCUGGAAAAAGAUAGACGAGAACAAGAACAACCUAACACUGAAUCUAAAAUAGUGGCAUCUGAAUCAAUUGAGGACAAAUCUUCAGCAUUAAAUGUUGAGGCAUCCCUGAAGGCAAGUUUCUUGGGAGGACUGGUUGAGGUUGGAGGAUCAGCCAAAUAUCUUAAUGAUCACAAAACAUCCAAAUACCAGGCCAGAGUGACACUGAACUACAAAACUACAACAAAGUUCCAGGAACUGUCAAUGAAUCACCUUGGAAGAGGCAACGUAAAACAUCCCUAUGUUUUUGAGCAAGGAAUAGCAACACAUGUAGUCACAGGUAUCCUUUAUGGGGCUCAAGCUUUCUUUGUGUUUGACCGUGAGGUUUCUAAAGAGGAAACUCAUCAAGACAUCCAGGGCAGCUUGAAGGUGAUGAUCAAGAACAUCCCCUUGCUUUCCAUAGAGGGUGAAGGGUCCCUGAAAAUGGAAGAUAAGGACAAAAAAAGUGUUGAGAAAUUCUCCUGCAGAUUCUAUGGAGACUUUUGCCUUAAGAAACCUCCAACAACAUUUCAGGAAGCUGUAGAAAUCUACAAAAGCCUUCCAACACUACUAGGAACCAAUGACGAAAAGGCUGUACCAAUGAAGGUCUGGCUGUUACCUUUGACCAGUUUAGAUUCUUCUGCUGCUAAACUCGUCCGUCAGAUAAGUAUAAGAUUAGUUCAGGAAUCACAGAGCGUCCUGGAGGACUUCAGUGAACUGGAAAGUGUAACGAUGCACUGAGAACUUCCACUGUCCAACAGUUCCCACAGAUUAGCAAAAAACUGAAAAGUUUUAAAGAAAUGUGUUCAGAGUUCAAGCUGGGAUUUCAGCAAAUGUUAGCAAAGAGACUACCAUCAAUCAGAGGAGGAGGAGAAGAGGAGGCUGAACUCGCUGAGAUCCUGAAGAAGAGACAUUCUUCACCUUUCAACAGCAAAAACCUGACUGAGUGGAUGGACUGUAAAGAGAGAGAAAUCAGUAUCUUAAAGUCUUUCACCAACAUGAUGAAAAACACCAAGACUGUCCCAUCUCAGAAUAAUCUACAUGAGGAACUUCUCAGUGCAGAGCAUGGCCUGUGUUUUGUUUUCACCUCACUGGGGAAGGAUGAACCGUACCUCUCAGCUUUAUCAGACUACCUGAAAGAAACAACCAAAACAGACGUUCACGUUUAUCAUACUUACAAUGUAGAGAAGGAACAAUGGUACCUUUCAAAAGAAGUAGCAGAUGAAAUGAGGAAGAAAGCAAAACUCUUCAGUGAUUUUGCAGAGGCCAACAAGGAAAACAAGAAGAUUAAGUUCCUGACAGUGGGGUUAACUAAUGAAACUCAGGAAGGUUCCAGCAUCUACCUUUAUGAAGGUGGAUUUGCUGUCAGUGAGAACUUUGAGCCUCCUUCAAAGCCUGAAACUGUGACUGUAGCUGACAUAAACCACAACAGUGUGACACUGAAGAUUUCUCCACCCAGAUUUGGAGCAGAGAACAUCACCUCCUACUCUGUUGAGCACUGUGUCAGUGGAGAGGAUGGAUGGCAGCAGAAGACAGAAGCAAAGGCUGAAGAAGUCACAGUGAGAGAUCUGAAGCCAAACACAGAGUAUGUGUUCAGAUGCAGAGCAGUGACCUCAGCAGGUGUCGGACCAGCUAAUGUAAUCAGUGAUGCCAUUAAAACUUUACCCUGCAGCCCUCCUGGAAAACCUCAAGCUCAGCCAUAUUCAAGUGAGAUAUCAGUUAGCUGGGAGAAGCCUGCUGAGCUUGGAGAGGAUGUCCAGAUAUUGAGUUACAUAGUGGAAUAUGCAAAAACAGAUAGCAGCUCAACAAUAAAUGACCUCGAGUGGACUCAAACAAUUUCAGGAGGUGAGAAGGCCAUCAUUUCAGGGCUUCAGUCAGAGACACAAUAUGCAGUCAGGGUCAGAUGUGACUGUGGUGUAGAUGGAAGAAGCAAGGAAAGCAUCAUUGUUAAUGUCUGCACAACAAAGUGUGAAUUUGCACGUCUGGCUGAGUACCUAAAACAUAUCAGCAAGAAAACAAACUCAAAGCUGCCCUCAGUUUACAAACUGCCCCUGGAAGAAGAAGAUAUGGACAUAGAUGGAUUUCGGAGGUAUAUCUUUGGCAAAGAAAGCAUGAGGCAGAAUCGCACAAUAAUGCUUCUUGGAGCAACAGGAUCAGGAAAGUCUACUCUCAUCAAUGGAAUGAUCAACUACAUUGUUGGUGUAGAGUGGAACGACGGUUUCAGAUUUAAGUUAGUUGAUGAGGAUCCAACCAGUUCACAAGCUCACAGUCAGACAUCUGAAGUCACUGUGUAUGAAAUCCACCACCAGGAAGGCUUUAAAAUCCCGUUCUCCAUGACCAUUGUGGACACUCCAGGUUUUGGAGAUACAAGAGGAGUAGCAAGAGACAAGGAGAUCACAGAGCAAAUCCGCAGGCUUUUCACCUCUCCUAAUGGAGUCAGUGAGAUUGAUGCAGUGUGUUUUGUUACUCAGGCCUCUCUUGCACGACUAACAGCAACACAGAGAUAUGUGUUUGACUCGGUGCUCUCCAUUUUUGGCAAAGAUGUGGCAGAGAACAUUGAAAUGCUGGUGACUUUUGCUGAUGGCAAAGAACCACCAGUUCUUGAGGCAAUAACCGUUUCUGCAGUCCCGUGUCCAAAAAAUGAGUUAGGCCUUCCGGUUCACUUCAAGUUCAAUAACUCAGCAUUAUUUGCAGACAACAGACGCAACAGAGACUGUGAAGAGGAUUUUGAUGAAGAUGAUGCCAGCUUUGAUGAAAUGUUUUGGAAGAUGGGAGCCAAGAGUAUGGAGAAGUUCUUCACUGCUUUGGGUAAAAUGGAAACCAAAAGCUUGCUGAUGACCAAAGAAGUCUUAAAGGAGCGCAAACAGCUUGAAACAGCCAUCGAAGGUUUGCAGCCACAAGUUAGAACUGGAUUAGCAAAGCUUGAAGAAAUUAAGACAACCAAAGAAAAGAUCAAAGAAUAUGAAGCAGUCAUAACUUCAAAUGAAAACUUUGAGAUUGAGGUGGAUGUUAUUAAACCAGUCCAAAAACCAAUCACAGAGAAAGGAGCAUUCAUCACCAACUGCCAGAAAUGUUCAAUAACAUGUCACUACCCAUGUGCAAUAGCACAAGAUAGUGAGAAACGUGGCUGUGCAUCAAUGGAUAUGAACGGGAUGUGCACUGUCUGUCCUGGAAAAUGCAUUUGGAGUGUGCAUUUCAAUCAGAAAUACAGCUGGGAGUAUGUUCAAGUGAAAGAGAAGCAGACAGUGCAAGAGCUGAAACGCAAGUAUGAAACAGCUAAUAAAGAAAAGAUGACUGUUCAGGAACUGAUUGAGAGGCAGGAAGAGGAGAUUGUUCACCUUCAGGACACGGUGGUGUCCCUCAUAGAUCAGUCAGCUCAGUGUAUAACUCGACUGCAAGAGAUCAGCCUGAGGCCAAACCCUCUGACCACCCCAGAGUACAUUGACAUGAUGAUUGAGGGAGAAAGAUCAGAGGCCAAAGAGGGUUACCAGGCUCGAAUCAAAUCUUUGGAGGCAAUGAAGGAGAGGGCAAAUCUUAUCUCCAAGGUAACGCGACGAGACAAACUUUCAAAAACGGAGGAGGAAUUAUCCGAGGAAAGAAAGGAGAAGACGGAAAAGAAAGGCUUCUUUAAGAAAUUUCUAAAUCACAUUGGAUUGUCAGGUUAAUCUUACGAAGGUCUACAGAUAUGUUGGAGGUGUUAUGAGGAUUAAACAAUUUAAAGCAGCUUUAUAAAACCUGCUAAGCAUGUAAAAUAAAAAGAGGCCAAGCUAGAGUUCAUGCUAAAACUAUAGUUUACAAUGCUGAAUAAACUUUCUCUUCAAGUUGUUAUCUGUUUCAUUGUAAUCUCCCAACAAUCAUUAAAUUAAACCAGAAUCUAUUAGCAGAUUGUUUCUUGUCUAUGUGGAAAAUUUUCUUUUUAACAUGUUUAAUGAUCUCUGACAGCUGGACCACUGCUGCCAGAUGUUUUUUAUUUUUAUUAUUAAAAAAAAAAACAGUAGAAUAACUUUUUGUCUUAAUUACAGGUCAUUCCUGUUUUGGUAGCUUGAUGUAUUUAAGAUCACCAUGGUAACAGAUGUCGAAAUAACUGCUGUUAAUAGUCCAUCAUUUAACAGUUGUAGUUUAAUGCAGUGUCUGUAACUCUCAGCCUGUUGACACUACAGCUUGUUUUUUCUUGUGAUUCAUUCCUUUUGUUUUUUGUUCCAAUGUGAUUUGGAAAAACGUGUCUAAAAAUGCUCGUUAAAUAAUCACAUUUACAUUUGAAUGUUAGGAUGUCUGAGGUGUGACAUUAAAUGAUUAUCCUGGA